AGCUCCCCAGCUCAUAGUGUGGACCACAACUUUCACGACCGCACCUCUCAUGACAGCCUAUGAAAACACCAACAACGAAGACCAACAAACGGGAAGGUAGAAGGAAAACAGUGGACUCCAACUGACUGAAACUGUUUACGGGAUUUACGGCAGCGCACCGUGCGUAAAAAGCGCACUGGACACUGUUGCGCGCGUGAAUUCGGUGGUUUCGUCUGAUUUACUGCUUUUUAUUGACACUAACAUUGUUUUCGGAUUUUUAUCGAAGAUCACACAAAACGAAAAUGUUAAAAAUGACAGAGGAGCAUGAAAAGUGUGGCAGCGACCAGCCCUGCAGUCCAUCGGGCACAAACAGCUCCAUGUCUCAGGACGAGUCCGACUCCGACGCGCCGUCCUCACCGACGGGAUCCGACGGCCAAGGGUCGCUGCUUUCCAGCCUGGGCAAGAAACUGGACUCCGAGGACGACGACCGGUUCCCAGCUUGCAUACGGGACGCCGUCUCGCAGGUGCUCAAAGGAUACGACUGGUCCCUGGUACCAAUGCCCGUGAGGGGGAACGGAUCCCUGAAGAACAAGCCCCACGUCAAGAGACCCAUGAACGCGUUCAUGGUCUGGGCGCAGGCGGCCCGCAGGAAGCUGGCGGAUCAGUACCCUCACCUGCACAACGCCGAACUGAGCAAGACGCUGGGGAAAUUGUGGCGCUUGCUGUCAGAGAGCGAAAAGAGGCCGUUUGUAGAUGAAGCAGAAAGGCUCCGGGUUCAGCACAAGAAAGAUCAUCCAGACUACAAGUACCAGCCUCGCCGACGGAAGAAUGUGAAACCUGGCCAGAGCGACUCGGACUCGGGAGCAGAACUGGCACAUCACAUGUACAAAGCCGAACCAGGGAUUGGAGGAUUGGCAGGGAUGACUGACGGGCACCACCACCCUGAACAUGCAGGGCAGCCCCACGGUCCCCCCACACCGCCCACUACUCCCAAAACAGAUCUGCACCACGGGGCGAAGCAGGAUCUGAAACACGAAGGCCGUCGCCUCGUUGACAGCGGCAGGCAAAACAUUGACUUCAGCAACGUAGAUAUUUCGGAGCUCAGCACCGAUGUCAUCAGCAAUAUGGAGACCUUUGACGUACACGAGUUUGACCAGUACCUCCCGCUCAACGGGCACACCUCAGGCUCCUCCACCAUGUCCUCAGACCAUGGCCACGGGCAGGCUCCGGCACCCAGCAGCUCUUACACUUCCCCGUACAGCCACACAGGCGUCAAUGGGUCAGCAUGGAGUCGCAAGAGCGCAAUGUCCUCCUCUUCCACUGCCGGCGAAGUGGGCCAGCACCGACUCCAUAUUAAAACAGAGCAACUGAGCCCCAGUCACUACAGCGAGCACUCCCACGGGUCACCCUCGCACUCUGAUUACGGCUCCUACAGUAGCCAGGCCUGUGUCACAUCGGCCACGUCGGCCGCAGCUUCUUUCUCCAGCACCCAGUGUGACUAUACUGACCUCCAGAGCUCCAACUAUUACAACCCUUACUCUGGCUACCCUUCAAGCCUCUACCAGUACCCGUACUUCCACUCAUCCAGACGGCCCUACGGCAGCCCGAUCCUCAACAGUCUGUCCAUGGCUCCUGCCCACAGCCCCACCACCUCCAACUGGGACCAGCCCGUCUACACCACGCUGUCUCGACCUUAAGGGGACAAGAAACCAGUCAGUUCGCACCAGAGACUCAUUCAGAUUGAUGCACUACUAAUGAAGGACGGGGGGGGGGGGGGGGGGGGGGGGGGGGUGUUAGUAGGUUACCUGUGACCAUUUGAACGUGAAACAAAUGAAGAAAAAAAAAGUGCCUGCUGAUUUUAUACAAAGUUAUAUUGUUGCGAUGAAAACACACUUAAGACUUUUUACAAAGACAAAUUGUGUUGUUGGUGAGCCAAACUCCUCCAUGAGGACAUGUCGCCUACGCCCACAUCCUGUACGCCCCUCGUCGUUCCAGUUUAAGAUUGCACGUGUGCGCACACUUGAGGUAAAGCAAAGGCCUGCCACCGAGUUGUGUAGGAGAGAAACGUUUUUUGGCCCAGUUCUGUUGCGAAAGCAGAUGGAGAAGCCGAUACAUUGGAGAAUAUAUACACGGGACCAAUUAUGUAAAUUUGCAGUCAAAUUUACAUUAAUGGCCAGAGCUAUAUCGCAGCACAUUUUGCCAUUUGCAUUAGUGGAUUUGUCUUAACUAAAUGGCUCAUGUGAAUCUUACAGUGUCAUUUUGGCAUAAAAGUCUUAUAUGUAUUUAUGUUCAUGCAUUAUUGGUUUAUUUUUUUUGUUCUUAAGUAGUUAAACACAUGUAACGUGGGUUUGGUUAUUUACAGUACUGUUUGGCUUUUACUGAAAACAAAGUCAAUGAAGUGAAGGACAGUACAAGCUCAGUGCAUUUGGUAUCAUUCCGUUAAAGACCAAUUUCCUGUCCAGUUUCCACCCUUUCCUGUCUCCAUUCCCAAUUGCAAGAAAACAGCAGGACCAACAGACUUGCACAGGACAGAACAGGUGUCUGACAGCUAUGCUUGGCAAAUUGCGAUUAGUCAUGAACUAGGGUUAAAGGAAAUGGGGGUAAAAUAACACCACAUACUCUGAGUGACAUGUCAGCUGGACCCUGUGCAUAUGCGGAUGGUCAACACACGCAUAUGUGUACAUACACGCAUCCAUGUGUGUGCGUGUCAGGGAGAUAGAGUGCAUCUCUAGGUGAGAGCCAUUUCCUCGGGGAGGAGAUACAUAUCCCAUGAUAUAACAUAGAGUGAUACAACAACUUUUCACUGAAUAUUAUCUUUGACCUUUAUCCAUAUCUAAAGCAGAUUAGGGGUUUAAAGAGGAAAUUGUGUGCGUGUGUGUGAGUAUUUGCCCAUAUUUAUCUCAACCAUCAAGUGCCAACUCACUGCUGCAGUCUGGCGCGAAACGUUUUUGUGCCUUCUAAUGCUUAUUGUCAGUAUUUCAGUGUGAAAUUGAAUUAUUAACUAACUUCCGGCAGUACACAAUCAGCAAUCCACACCAGAGUCCCACAGUUAACCCGCUCCUGAUUAUAUCCUUAAUUUGAUUAUAUCCUUAAUUUGACAUCAUUCCUCACAGUCUCCGUUUGUAAUGUUCUGUGAGAUGCUGUAUGAGAAUCAUACAGGGCAUCGUGCUCCGAGGUUUGUCCACAGAACUGUGUCUUGUAUAUUAUUCUGGUGUAUAAUUUUAAGAAGAGGCUGUGAAAAUUAUUGUUGUUCUAUUAACUAGAGUUUCAUUCACAUGCACAGCUAACCCAUUCGCUGGCCCUUUUUUUUUUUUAAAUAAAAGAUACUUUUCUUGA